CCACCACAAACCUUCCAGAACUUUCUUCCAAGCAGUAUAUAGACCACCAGAAACUGCUGGUUUGCAGCACAUCAGCAGGAGAUCAUCAGCAUCAGAUCAGAUCAGACCAGACCGGACCAGAGCAUCAGAGCAGCUGUGAAAGAAUGAAAAUCGAAAUCUUUGACAACACUAUGAAAACCUUUCAAGCUUCCCAAUAUUGCCCAGGCAUAAAGCAAGAAUGUGGGUGACCAACCUCGUUACUCUGUGCCUUUUGGCCGUAGCCUCCUCAGCUGAGGAAAAGAAACUCAGCAGCCAUGCGACUUCCCUGGCUGACACCAGCAGCCACCUCGCUUUUAACCUGUACCAUACCUUGGCUAAAGAAAAAGACCUGGACAACAUCCUGUUCUCCCCUGUGGUGGUUGCAUCCUCUCUAGGCUUGGUUGCCCUUGGUGGAAAAUCCACCACUGCCUCACAGGUCAAAAGUGUCCUAAAGGCUAAUACGCUAAAAGAUGAGCAUCUGCAUACAGGACUGUCCGAGCUCCUGAGCGAGGUCAGUGACCCCAACUCCCGCAACGUCACCUGGAAGAUCAACAACAGGCUGUAUGGCCCCAGUUCUGUCAGCUUCGCUGAUGACUUUGUGAAGAACAGCAAGAAGCACUACAAGUAUGAUCACUCCAAGAUCAACUUCCGUGACAAGAGAAGUGCUCUCAACUCCAUCAAUGAGUGGGCCACCAAGUCUACAGAUGGCAAGCUGCCAGAAAUCACCAAGGAUGUGAAGAACACAGAUGGUGCCAUGAUCGUCAAUGCCAUGUACUUUAAACCUCACUGGGAUGAGAAGUUCCACCACAAGAUGGUUGACAACCGUGGGUUCCUUGUGUCCCGUUCUUUUACUGUGUCCGUCCAAAUGAUGCAUCGCACAGGUCUUUAUGGCUUCCAUGAGGACAAAGAGAACAAACUGUUUGUCCUUAACAUGCCUCUGGCCCACAAGAAAUCCAGUGUGAUUUUCAUCAUGCCCUACCACGUGGAGCCCCUGGAGAGGCUGGAGAAGCUUCUGACACAAGAUCAGCUGAACACCUGGAUGAGCAAGUUGCAGGAAACUGCAGUGGCCAUUUCUCUGCCCAAAGUCAUCAUGGAAGUCAGCCAUGAUCUCCAGAAACACCUUGGAGAAAUUGGUCUCACAGAAGCAGUGGACAAGUCCAAGGCUGAUCUGUCCAACAUCUCUGGCAAGAAAGAUCUCUACCUCUCAAAUGUCUUUCAUGCAUCUGCAUGGGAAUGGGACACAGAGGGUAAUCCAUUUGACGCCAGCAUCUUUGGCUCAGAAAAGCUCAGGAACCCCAGGCUGUUCUAUGCUGACCAUCCAUUCAUCUUCCUGGUUAAGGACAACCAGACCAACUCCAUCCUCUACAUCGGAAGACUAGUUAGACCAAAGGGUGACAAAAUGAGAGAUGAAUUGUAGUGUGAAUAUGCUGAUAAUAGUAGCCUUUUUAAAAAUUGUUCUUAAUAAUUUGUUAUAAGUUGUAUUUUUUUGUGGUAUGACGAUUACCUCAUGGACACAAUUCAGCAGGUUGUUUAGAGCUAAAACUAAAAGCCACAUUUAUUCAAGUAAAUUUUCGAGCUGAACCAAAGUUUGACAGUAACUAGAAAAUGGCAGAAGAAUUCCACUUGAGAGAUUAGAUAUUAAGGUUUAUCCACAGGUUUGAUAUCAACUGGACUAUGUGUCUUAUUAAAUUUUAAAUUGUCCAUCUGAAUAGAUGCUAUACUUAUAUUAAGUAUGCUAGCAUUCAUGUUGGCCUGUGUGAUUGUGAUGUAUUUUUUAUUCUAACUCUCGUGAGUUCAUGUGACAGCUGUGUGGGUUCUUUGACUUAUCUUUAAUGUUUAAAGAGAAAAGGAUUUUAUGCAAAUGUUCUUUGAAUGCUUAUGUUAUUCAAACACUCCAGCUCAAUCCAAAUUUGAUUUCACUGCCUUGCCUUCUGCACUGACGCCCUUUUUAAAGCCAUGACAGAUGAGGUCAAUUGUUAUAUUAUUAUGUUUGAAAUCAUGCUUAAUGUACAAAAGUUGUGUGGUGCUCAUUUCUUUUUUUCUUUCUUUUUAAAUAAACUAUUAAUAAAGUAAUUGCCUUUA